AUGCAUCGGUCUUCAGCUGAAUCUACAAAACACGAUGUUCAUGGGAAACGGAUGGGUCUCGGAUGCCCCAUUCACGCUCAACAGAACAUAUCCGAAUGCACCAGCUACGUUUAUAUGGGUCGGGAAUUGAACAUGAUGGACGACUUGAACCCCGAGCUGGGCAGGAAGAGACGAGCGGCUUGGGGAGCGUACAAGAGCAUUGAGGAUGUAGUGAAGAAGACGAGGAACACCCGGCUCCGUGCUCACCUCUUCAACACCACCGUCCUUCCUGCUUUGACCUAUGCUUCGGAAACCUGGUCAUUUCGCAAGCAGGAAGAAAACGAGCGUCAUUGA